AUGCAUGUGUGCAUAUUGCUGCUUGUCUUACCUUUUUUUAUGUGCGUGGGUUUUCUCUUCGCGACCAUUUGUUCGGCAUUUCUGCGCGGCCCAUCGUGCGGCAGACGUUUACCCAUUCUGGUACGCACUUUACUUUUUUCAACAUCGGUUUCACCUUUGUUCAAGGUUUUUUCUACGCUUUCCGAAACUCUUUUUACCUGUAUUCCAGGGCCGAAGCUUAUCCAGAUAAUAAAUAGGGCGAUGAGCUCAAGGAACUGCAGCCUUUCGCAAGGUAGGUUACUCUCCCGGCAGAAGCGCCCACUAGUUGUGGCACAGUUUCUCAACAAAGUUCCAAUAGAAGACCGUCAUGCGGCUACAAAUGCGCUGCUUUGCCUGGGACUCCGCGCAUACAAGAUGGUCCACGCCACCACCCCUCCAGAUAUGCAAACACUACGGUCUGCGGUUUCUGCGGAGAUCUCCGCGGUAGCCAGCGGAUCUGAGGGCUUAAAUGACCAAAAGAUAGAUGAAGGUACAGCAAGCGGGCGCCAGCGGGGGGCUGUAGAUGACGUUGAUGCGUUUCUGUUUGCACGCCGCGAACGCGGACAGGCGCCUUCAUCCUCGCCCCCUGUGGAUAGGCGUUUGGAGGGAAAUACGGAAGAGGAGGAGUUUUACACGCGUAUCGAGAGUGUAAGAAAUGUUGGCGAACCCUCAUACCACGAUAGAAUGCCCCAGUUGAUGGAGGAUGUUGAUGUAUAUUCUUCAAGUAAGAGCGGUGCGGACACCAGGGCGCUGAAUCGAUUGGCUGGCGACGGAGGUGAAAGCGACAGAGCUGCGGGCAAAUCGGGGUGCUUCACUGAUGUGCUUGAUUUUGUUACGAACUGUGCCGUAGGAAGUUUGUCAUUGUGCACUCCGACGCGCUGUCGAGAAGCAGCGAAUGUCAGCUCCUCCCCACCCGCUAACUGUUACAACGCUCCAGGUUCCGAACAACCCAACAUGGGACACGCUUCACCACUACGUGCGAGUGGAAGCCAAGACCUCCCUCUCGGUGGAAUGAAAGAGUUUAACAUGAACACAGUGGUGCCGUUGCUGGACGAUAAUGGUGUUGUUUAUCCUGUUGAAUUCAUUCACCAUCUAAUGGCCCGCAUCAAAAGCACACGCGGCGUGCGGGAAAACCCCAUUCUUGUUGCGGCCUACAUGCCACAGUCGUUGGCUGUCUACACAUUGCAGGGAAGCUUUGGGGAUCUUUACAGAAGCCUUUUGGUUUCCUACCAUGUUUCCAUGUGGUGA